AUGGCAUUGCUUUUCGAUAUAAUCUGCAACAUAAUAUUCUUGGUGAUGAGGCCUUUCUCUCUACUUAACCUGGCAUUUUGGUUUGGUAUCAAAAUAGCAUUAGCUGUCAUAUAUACUUGGACGGAGUUGAUCGGGACUACUAUUAGCUUCCAUGUAAACAUAAUAUUAAGUGUUAUCACAUGGACAUUUGGGGUUAUCUCCCUCCCUGCAAGAGCUGUGAAUGUCUUUCAAAAGGAGAGGCAGAUAGAGCUGGAGAAUCUAGUGAGAGAUAAGUUGAAACUUCAAGAACAUUUUCAAAUGGCCGUCAAAGAGCGGAAAAUGAUGGACGUACUGUUAGCAGAGCUUGAAGAGGAGCUUGAUAUGGCCAUUGCCAAAAUUGAAAAGCUAGAGGGAAAGUUGCGGGAUCAGACAAAUGAAAAUCUUAGGUUGAAAGAAAUUCAAGGAAAGGAAUACUGGAGCUCCAAAGAUCAAAACAAAAGUGAGAAAUUCCAAAACAUCGCCCUUCAAGAUCUUCUAAUGCACAAAGAUAUUAGGGAAGAUGAGAGCAAAACCAGAAGUGAGUUCCUUAAACACUUGAAAACAGGCUCAAAGUUCGGGCCAGUUUGUCCCAAAAUGAUUUCAAAGGAUGUAGAAACUAUUGAAACACCAACACUUGACCAUCAUCGACACAUUGCUGUUUCACAAUCACUUUUCACUGCCCUUAUGUCACUUGUGGUAGGAGUCACUGUGUGGGAAGCUGAGGACCCUUGCAUGCCUCUUGUGGUGGCUCUCUUCGCUGUUGUAGGCAUGUCCUUGAAGAGUGUGGUGCAGUUUUUCUCCUCCAUUAGAAAUAAACCUGCAUCUGAUGUUGUUGUACUUUUAAGCUUCAAUUUGUUUAUUCUUGGCACUCUAUCAUACCCUACCUUACCUAAGGUUGCUCGCAUGCUGGCACCACUAGUUUUGCGUCUUGUGGAUCAACCAUGA